AUGAAGGAAAUGAGAGGGAAAGUUGCGGAGGAGACGGUGAACGAGAGAUACACACAGUGGAAGUCGCUGGUGCCAGUGCUCUACGACUGGCUCGCCAACCACAACCUCGUUUGGCCUUCUCUCUCUUGCAGAUGGGGUCCGCAACUAGAGCAAGCCACUUAUAAGAACCGUCAGCGCCUGUAUCUUUCCGAACAGACUGAUGGCAGUGUUCCAAAUACACUUGUCAUUGCGAACUGUGAAGUUGUCAAACCUAGGGUUGCAGCUGCAGAGCACAUAUCACAGUUCAAUGAAGAAGCACGCUCUCCUUUUGUAAAAAAGUAUAAAACUAUUAUACAUCCUGGUGAGGUGAACAGAAUAAGGGAACUCCCACAGAAUAGUAAGAUAGUGGCCACACACACUGACAGUCCUGAUGUUCUCAUUUGGGAUAUUGAGGCUCAACCUAAUCGACAUGCUGUCCUGGGAGCUUCAAAUUCUCGUCCAGAUCUGCUAUUGACUGGUCAUCAAGAUUAUGCCGAAUUCGCUCUUGCUAUGUGCCACUCUGAACCCUUUGUGCUCUCUGGAGGGAAGGAUAAAUCAGUGAUUUUGUGGAGUAUUCAUGAUCAUAUCUCAUCUUUAGCAUCAGAUCCAGGGUCUGCAAGGUCUCCAGGAUCUGGAGGUGCCAAUGCUAAACAUGCCUCUAAGACUGGUGGGAGUAAUGACAAACCCACAGACAGCCCUUCUGUUGAGCCACGGGGUAUCUAUCAAGGGCAUGGGGAUACUGUUGAGGAUGUGCAAUUCUGCCCAACUAGUGCACAAGAGUUCUGUAGUGUAGGCGAUGAUUCUUGCCUCAUACUGUGGGAUACAAGAGCUGGCUCUAGUCCAGUUGUCAAGGUUGAGAAAGCUCAUGAUGCUGAUCUUCAUUGUGUUGAUUGGAAUCCGAAUGACGUCAAUCUCAUUCUUACAGGGUCUGCUGAUAAUACCGUUCGCAUGUUUGAUCGCCGGAACCUCACUUCCGGGCAAGUUGGAUCACCCAUUUAUACAUUUGAGGGUCAUAAUGCAGCUGUCCUCUGUGUACAGUGGUCUCCUGACAAGUCAUCUGUCUUUGGGAGUUCUGCUGAGGAUGGUGUAUUAAACAUCUGGGAUCAUGAAAAGAUUGGUAAGAAGCAAGACUCUGUUGGAUCAAAGCCGUCAAAUGCUCCUCCAGGAUUGUUCUUCCGACAUGCUGGUCAUAGGGACAAGAUUGUUGAUUUUCAUUGGAAUGCAUCUGAUCCGUGGACAAUAGUCAGUGUUUCUGAUGAUUGUGGAAGUACCGGAGGUGGUGGUACACUCCAGGCCCGAGGAAGAGGUCCUCGCAGAGCUGGAUACGUUCAAAUCGCACCUAAUGGCAUGCCAGGCGUGAUGUCUCCUGCACAUUUCCAGAAAACGUUGGAUAAACUCAACCCUCUUUCUUUAAUCUUUCGAACCGGUCUGCAAAGGCAAUGA